UCUAGCAUUAUAUCCUCCCUCAGCUUCAUAUUUUAAAACCCUCACCCCCAAGCAAUUCUCAUGGAAAGCCAAAAAACACUCUCUUCUUCUUUCGCUAGCAAUAUGGCAACCGUUCAAUCCACACCCACAAACAUUUCCUUCUCUAACUAUCUCAAGUCCCUCUCUCAAACCCCUCACAGGCUUAGAAAAAGAAUGCUAGCUACAUGGACUCCUGACCAGGAGCUUAACCAAGUUAGGCUAAGGUCUGGUGCAGACAUGAUGAGGAAGCUCAAGUGGUAUGACUUGGUAGCUCUUGGUAUAGGAGGGAUGCUUGGUGUUGGAGUUUUUGUUACCACUGGCCCUGUAGCCCUUAAAAUCUCUGGCCCUUCAGUUUUUAUCUCAUAUAUCAUUGCUGGAAUAUCAGCCCUCUUUUCUUCUCUAUGUUACACUGAGUUUUCUGUUCAGAUUCCCGUUGCUGGGGGGGCCUUCAGCUAUCUUAGAGUGACCUUUGGAGAGUUUAUAGGUUAUUUUGCUGGGGCAAAUAUACUAAUGGAAUAUGUAUUAUCGAAUGCUGCGGUUGCAAGAAGUUUCACAGAAUAUCUGUGCCAUGCUGUGGGGGAGAACCCAAGCUCAUGGAGAAUUGAAGUGGAUGGAGUAGCAGAGGGUUACAAUAUGUUGGAUUUUCCAGCUGUGGCUCUUAUUCUUCUCCUUACUCUCUGUCUUUGCUAUAGCACAAAGAAAAGCUCCAUAUUGAACCUUACUAUGACAGUCUUCCAUGUGAUUUUCUUCGGAUUCAUUAUAAUUGUUGGUUUCUCCAAAGGGAGUGCCAGGAACUUGGUUGAGCCAGGAGGGCUUGCUCCUUUCGGUGUCAAGGGUGUUCUUGAUGGAGCAGCUAUAGUUUACUUCAGCUAUAUUGGCUACGACUCGGUUUCAACCAUGGCAGAAGAGAUCCAAAACCCUGCAAAAAGCCUUCCGGUGGGCAUUUUAGGUUCUGUUCUCAUUGUCACCGGACUAUAUUGCCUCAUGGCCUUAUCUUUAUGCUUGUUGGUGCCUUUUAAUAUGAUAGAAAAAGAUGCAUCAUUUUCUGUCGCUUUCGAAAAGAUCGGGUGGAAGUGGGCAAGCAAUGUGGUUGGGGCCGGAGCAAGUUUGGGAAUUGUUGCUUCUCUCUUGGUUGCAAUGUUAGGCCAAGCUAGAUACCUUUGUGUCAUUGGAAGGGCCCGGCUUGUGCCUUCUUGGUUCGCCAAGGUGAAUCCCUCCACAGGCACCCCUUUGAAUGCCACGCUCUUCUUGGGUCUUUGCACAGCUUCAAUUGCACUCUUUACCGAACUCAGCAUAAUUCUUGAAAUGAUCUCCAUCAGCACACUCUUGGUGUUCUACAUGGUGGCUAAUGCUCUCAUCUAUCGUCGGUAUGUUGUCAUUAGCCACAACCCUCCUUCACAAACCCUCUUGUUCCUUGUCCUUCUCUCUUCUACUACAAUUGGCUUCUCUAUGUCCUGGAAACUUGACGAGCGAUGGUGGGCUUUACCAGUACUUGGUGGAUUCAUGAUUGCAAUCACAGCUUUCUUUCAAUACAUGGUGCCUUCCGUUUGCCAACCUAAUGAAGAGUGGUCAGUGCCAUUCAUGCCAUGGCCGGCCGUAACAUCAAUAUUCCUCAAUGUCUUCCUCAUGACCACACUGAAGGCCAUGUCCUUCCAAAGGUUUGGUAUAUGGGCAUUCUUUAUAACCUUGUUUUAUGUUCUAUAUGGUGUUCACUCAACUUAUCGAGCUGAAGAGAUGGAAGUAGGAGUUGGUGAAAUUUCACACCACCCAUCAAUCCAACAAACCAAGCUAGACAUUCAGGUUCUAUGACCAGAAAAACUCUUUGUUGUCGUUUCUUAUUUUCUCUCUUUUUUAUCCUUUUAAUUAAGCACUCUUCUCAGCUUCUUUGGAUUCUUACAAUGUAAUGUGUAUAGAUCUCAUGGAAAUCCUAUUGAGCAAAAACGAAGGUGUCAUUUGUCUUGUCAUGAAAACACUGGACAAAUUAUAAAUAGAAAAGGAAUUAGUGACCA